ACCGGCGUUGGCAUCGGGGGUGGAUUGAGGAAGACAGAGGCUAGGAUCCUUCAAUCGCUCUGUUCACUCUUUUGUUCGUUUAACUCUCUCUCUCUCUCUCUCUCUUUCACUUUUUCCCUCUUUGUUUGAACUCUGCUGCGCAGAUUAAAUACAUACCAUACUACACAAUGGCCCCCGUCAAGUCCCUCCUCGUCGGCGCGCUGGCUACACUGGCUGUGGCCUCCCCCAUGGGUGACGCGUCCCUCCACACUCGGCAGUUUGAUAUCAACUCCAAUGAUCUGGAGUCCGGGUCCUGCAAGGAGGUCACUUUGAUCUUCGCGAGGGGUUCGACUGAGUUGGGUAACAUGGGCUCCGUCAUCGGACCCCCCCUCUGCUCCAGCCUGAAGACCAAGCUCGGCUCCGACAAGGUCGCCUGCCAGGGUGUCGGCGGCCAGUACUCCGCGGGACUGAUGCAGAACGCGCUGCCCCAGAACACGGACCCCGGGUCCAUCGACGCCGCGAAGCAGAUGUUCGAUGACGCGAACAGUAAGUGUCCGGACACGAAGAUCGUGGCUGGUGGAUAUAGUCAAGGUAGCGCGGUCAUCGACAACGCCGUCCAAGAAGUCAGCUCCACAGUCCGCGACCAGAUCGUCGGAGUGGUGCUCUUCGGCUUCACCCGCAACGUGCAAGACAAGGGCCAGAUCCCCAACUACCCCAAGGACGACGUUAAGGUGUACUGCGCCGCGGGCGAUCUGGUCUGCGAUGGUACCCUCAUCGUUGACGCCGCGCACUUGACCUACGGCUUGGAUGCGGGCGACGCGGCCAGUUUCUUGGCGGAGAAGGUCCAGGAUUCGUCGUACUCGGGCUCCAGCUCGGGGUCUUCGACUUCUUCGGCCGCUGCGUCGUCGUCGUCUGCGAGUAACCCGUUGAGUGCGUUGUCGGGAUUGUUUUAGAUGAUGGGUUAGAGAGAGAUUUGGGGGUUGUGGGGGAUGAAUAGAGUGGAUGGGGC